AUGCAGAGGCCUACUGAGCAAAAGACUCUAGAACAAGAGCCCCUAGAUGAAAAUCUGCCGGAGGGUGAAGAGGAACGGCAUAUCCAUGGAAUCAAAUGGUUUCUUUUGGUUGCUAGCACGUUGACAGGCAGCUUCAUCUAUGCUCUGGAUAAUACCAUCGUGGCUAAUAUUGCACCAGCUAUCGUUAAUCAUUUCAAUGCGGUCGAGAAUUUGCCGUGGUUAUCAGUUGGGUUUAUGAUCGGUGGGGUGGCAAUGGUUCUUAUUUACGGCAAGCUAUACACUCUAUUUAACACGAAAUGGCUGUAUAUCACGUCCACUGUUAUCUUUAUGGCCGCCUCUGCACUCUGUGGUGCCGCUCCUUCCAUAAACGCUGAGAUCGUUGGACGCGUUUUUGCAGGCGCAGGUGGAAAUGGAAUGUACUUCGGCAUUCUAGAACUUCUAUCAACGAAUACCACGAGCCGUGAGCGUCCGCAAUACUUGAGUUUGACAGGCCUAGUUUGGGGCUUAGGAACCGUCCUUGGUCCCGUCGUUGGGGGUGGAUUUGAAAAGUAUACCUGGCGCUGGGCAUUCUACAUAAAUCUCCUUUUCGGCGCCAUUCUUAUACCGACCUACCUUCUUGUGAUUCCUUCCAAAGAUCCAGCACCUGAAGUGCCCUAUCGACAAAAGCUUUCUAAUUUUGAUUGGGUUGGUAGCUUACUGAACGUUGCUGCAUUUGCAACCCUAGUGAUGGCAAUUAACUUUGGCGGCACUCUAUACGCCUGGAAUAGUGGCCAAAUCAUUGCUUUGUUCAUAGUGUCAGGGGCACUUUGGAUCUUAUUUGGCAUCCAGCAAGGUUUUACUAUUGCCAGCUCCCUACAGGGUCGGUUACUGCCAAUGCAUCUUUUUAGGCAGAAGGAACCGACCCUACUAUUCUUUGCUUGUGCCGCAGUAGGAAUGGUGACAUAUCCAACCGUGUACUACAUACCCAUCUAUUUCCAGUUCACUCGGGGCGAUGAUGCAAUUCAAUCUGCCGUCAGGUUGCUUCCCUUUAUCUUUAUAUUGAUCGUGGCCAUUCAGUCAAAUGGCGCAUUAAUGUCUCGCUUUGGUUAUUAUAAGCCAUGGUACUUACUCGGAAGCAUAGUAGCCCUGACUGCAGCAAUUCUGAUAGCUACUAUUAUCCAAGUUCACACAAGACCGGCCAUUCUCUACGGACUUGAAAUUGUAAUAGGAUUAGGCGCCGGUUCAUAUACUCAGGCAGCCUUUGCUGUGAUCCAGGCCGUCGUGGCCCCCUCCGAAGCUGCUGAUGGUCUUACUCUGAUGCUGCUAGCUCAACUCCUUGGAAUGACCUUUGGACUAUCCAUCACAGGUGCAAUUUUCGUUAAUGUCGCCCAGAAUGGCCUUUUCAAGUUGCUUCCCAACCUAUCCCGGGAGCAGGUUUCUCAGGUUGUCUCGGGAACCAGCAGUGCGCUACUAAACAAACUUCCAUAUACUGUUCGAGACCGGGCGUUGGAUAUAAUCGUGCACUCUUGGCGCUAUCUAUUUACUUGUGUGAGCUUUGGGGCUGGAGUCAGCCUGCUUUGCGCAGUGUUUAUGGAAAAUAAACGUGCGAACAUGGUGUCUGCUGCAGGCGGGGCUUGA